AUGUCUAAAAAUAUCAAAGCUUAUGUCCGUGUCAGGCCGUUUUUAUCAAAUGAACCUACUACAAGUUGUUUAUCCGUAGCAGGGCAGCACUUGACGGUUGGUGAUGGACAUUCAUUUACCUUUGAUACAAUAUUUGGGAUUGAAUCUACACCUGAGGAUAUCUUCGUGGAAAUAGGUCAGAAGAUUGCUGAUGCCUUUUUAGACGGAUUUAAUACAUCCUUGAUAGUCUAUGGGCAAACGGGAUCUGGUAAGACUUUUACCAUCUUAGGUCUUGCACAUGAUGUCGCAAAAGAGGCGUUUCGCAGCCUUCGUGACGCAUCAUCGUAUAAAGGUUUAAGUACUGAUAGCAAUGCUCCUUCGACUAAUACUAGCACUGAACGCAGUUCUAGUGAAGGAGGGCAUAGCACUGAUGCUUUUACACUUCAAGUUAGUGCUGUUGAGGUGUACAAUGAUCAAUUAAGAGAUCUGCUUGAGGCGAAGCCCUGUGUCCCUGUCAAUCCCACUGGUCCAGUUUCCACGGGUAUUCACCGUAGAAACAUGUAUUCUUCAAAUUUGAAUGUUUGGCUUGGUACACUUGCAUCUACUGCAUCUACUGCAUCAACCAAAUCACCAUUGGUUCUGCGUGAGGACUCAAAGGAAGGUGUAUACGUUGCUGGCCUCACCAAAGUCAAAGUUCAUGAAGAAGAGGAGCUGCUUGCGUGUAUUUCUACCGCCUUUACUAACCGCAAGACCGCUUCAACUUUGAUCAAUUCAUUGAGCUCGCGCUCCCACUGUAUCUUUACUUUAACUCUGCAACGUAAAGGCGUCAUUUCCAAGUGCUGCUUUGUAGACCUCGCGGGAAGCGAACGGCUAAAGAAGGCGCACAAUUUAAAGAAAAUGAAAGGUUCCUCUGUUAGUUUAUCUACCUCUUUAUCUGACACUAUAGACAGCCAGAACGUAGUGGCAGAGCGAAUGCGAGAGGGAAUAAGCAUCAAUAGUGGCUUGCUGGCGCUCGGAAACGUCAUAGUUGCUUUAGCUGGAAAGAAGUCACACGUGCCCUACCGCUCUUCCAAGCUCACUCGCCUGUUAGAACCAAUGCUAGGUGGUAAUUCCAGGACAGUCUUCGUUGCCUGCGUAUCGCCGCUCUCCACGAUGAUGGAUGAGACCUUGAACACACUCAGGUACGCGGAGCGCGCCAAGUUAAUUAGAACAAAGCCACGCCUGGUGACAUCUACUUUCCAAAGCCUCGAGCACGCAGAGAAAAUCAUCAUUAGUCUUAGAGAGGAACUAAGGGACGUUCGAAUUCAGCUACGAGCAGUCCGUAGGAGUCACAACAACGACAAAACGUUUAUUCAAAGCGCAGACACUGAUAUAAAUAGCCAAGUUGUGGAGGUGGCGCAAUUAGAAGCGAAAAACCUGAAAGUCUUACCUGAUCUUACUUCGUUGCCUUUCCUAUCCACCUUAUCACCCCAUGAGGUGGAGUUAUGCAAACAAAUUACCGAUCUGCAGACCAAACUUGACCAAGAGCGGGAGGUCACAAAGCGCCUUGAGGAAGAUUUGUUCUACAGUGAGUACACCAAUAUGAUGCAAGCGAAAGCGUGUGGGGAGCUUCGAGAGCGUGUGCUAGAAUUGGAGAGGCUUCUGAGUUCUCAAAAUACUUCUAACAAUAGGACCCAAUGUAAUACUCUCGAAUAUCAGGGUAGUCCCUUAAACCUGAAAGGGACGCGCUCCACUUGGGCUGCAAAAAAUUUAGAGCAGUUAAGACAGUUAGAGAACGAAUGGUGCUCAAAGCGUCCGCCAAGAGCCUAG